AUGCAAAGUCUUCUCUAAAAUAUAAGCAAGGACUCAGAGUUAAAAUAAAAGAAAAUACCUGUGGGGGAAUUACAGAACAUUUUGCAUUAAUAUAACAUAACCAACAUUGACAUGGAUGAGGAGUAGGAAUUCACUUAUUAGGAAUUAUACAAUUAUCUUAAUUUGAUUUAGUAUAAGGAUUCCUUGUAAUACAUCUCAAAGGAUCAAAUAUUGACGAGAACAUAAAACGAAUGGAAUAUCUAUACAAUCUAAGGGGGUGAAAAUGAAAAGGAUUUCCAUGAUUUAGUCUAAGAGAGAUUAGCAAAAGGAUUUCAAUUUGAUGUAAAUGAUUGCUACUUUGCUAAUCCUGACAUCUUUCAAUAUAUUCAAUUGUGUCUAGAUGAAAUCAAAUAAUAGCAGUAGCAAUAAUUAACCAAUAAUACUCAAAUGUAGAAACCCAGACCUGGAGGCAUUCGAUCUCAAUAGGACCUAUAAAUAUAAAGUUAAAAUCUAACUUUGAAACAAAAAGAUAACUCUAUACUUGAAGGCAUCUACCUUGAGCCUGAAAGUCAAGCAAAAUCUAAUGAGUAUUUUUUCUAUGAAUACUAUACUAAUGAUUAGAUAAGUAAGUUAAUUAAUAGAUGUGGUUGGAAAAGUGGAGAUGAUCAUAAGAGUUUCAAUGUUGAAGAUUUCUGUAAACAGUGCAUAUCAAGGGCUGAAUAUACAAGAGCAGCAGCCAUAGCUUGUGUUCAUUUUCAAUUCUAGAAAGCAAUACAAAUUUUGAGGGAUUUCUUACCCAAUCAGGAUAAGGAAACAUAUCAAAUCUUAAUGGCUCUUUAAGGUAUUGAUGAAAUGAAAACCUUGUAUACAAAUAUUAGUUAAAAGGAAGUCUUAAAAAACAUCAUUGAAAUUUGUAAAGUGUUUUUAGAAAAUAAGAAGUUUACAGAUCCUUAUUAUGAACUAAUAGCUGAAUUUUUGAAAAAAGAUAAAUUCGCUGAAUAUCUGAAUUACGGUGCUCAUAGAAUAAGCAUUUUUGAUCGAAUAGGAUUGUGGGGAAGAUUUUGUUAAGGUAGGAAACCACAAAUCCAGAAUAUGUUGGAUAAUAUCAUAUUAAAUGGGAAAUCCGAGAUCUCUAUCUAAUAUUUGUAGUAAUACCUUGAUGACAAGGGGGAUCUUCAAUUAUGCGGGAUUAUUUCGAUAUAUUUAUAUAUUUUAGAUUAUCCACAAAAAGAUAAACUAAUCAAGAUCUUCAAUUCUUACAUUGAUUAUUUAUUGAAAUAGGAUAUACCCAUUAAUUCACUGUUGUGUAGGAUCAAGUAAACUGAAUUGGAGUACAACAAAGCAUUUCUUAAUGAGGCCUUCAAACAGUAUCUGACUCCUCAAAUUUCAAUGUGCUGCAAUUUCUGUCAGAAUCCAGUUGGGUAACCUUACUUAGAAAUUUAAAGAAGGGGGAAUCCGAGAAGAGGAAAUCUGGCCAGAGAUGAUAAUCCAAGAACAAAUCUUUGUGCUUCUUGUAAUCAUGCAUUGUCAAAUUGUGUUGUUUGUGCAUAGUAUUUUACAAUACCAAAUAAUUAAGACAUUGAUAGGAAGAGAGGGUCUAAUUAAUAAAGACUAUUGGAUCAAUUAAAAAUAGAAUAAGCCAUGGUUUGGUGUUUGAGUUGCAAACAUGGAGGACAUCAAUCUCAUAUUGAAGAGUGGUUUGAUUUAUAUCAAAAAUGUCCAGUUUAUGAUUGCGACUGCGAAUGUAGCAUUAUUUGA